AUGGCGAAAGAGGUUCUAGUAACUCAUGAUCCAAGCUUUGCAGACAGGCCACCGCGACUAGCCACCACUAUCUUGUGCUAUGAUCUACAAGAUCUUGCCUUUACUCCUUACGGCGAUCACUGGAGGCAAAUGCGUAAAAUAUGCCUGAUGGAGCUUCUUAGCGGCAAGAGAGUCCGAUCAUUCAGUUUUAUUAGAAAUGCUGAAAUCGCAAAACUGAUGGAAUCAAUUCUCUUUUCUUCAGGGAAAGCGUUGGUGAAGUCCUGGAUCAAGCCGGUACAUCCCCUUCUGAAGUUCUGUGUAUUUGUACCUGACGGAAUUGUUGGUGAGAAUGAAGUAAAAGGCGCAUUAAAAGUCGACUUUCCAGAAGAUGUCUUGUUAAGCGUGCCCACGCUUUGUCAAACGCGAAGUGGUACUUCUAAAGAUCUAUGUCCAGUAGACUCCAGUCUGUUAAGCGUGCCCACGCCUUAUUUGACAAGGCAAUCAAGAGUUCGUAGGACAUGA